CAGCCAACCCGCAAAACCUCGGUGCUGGCCACGACCCCCGCGCGACUCCCGGACAAAGCCGACAGAGGUUCCAGAGCAAUGGACAAACGCGCUAAUCAGCUCCUUACCUGGACACCUUUAAAGACUACAUCAGACGUCGAGUUGGACGGUGACGAGCCACAAGUUCUGCAAGCCGUGUCAGCGCCACCCGUACGCAGUGGUGGAGGCGAUGACGAGGCAGAACCUCGGCUCAAGCGACAGCGUCGAGUAAACAAGAGCGAGAAAGCCCGCAAAAAACGCAUCACAUACUCUGUGAAAGCAGACUGCAUGCUCAUGAACGAGGUGGUUGGUGAUGACGGGAUCCUCGAGCUUCGUAACGCCUCGAAGACCGAGCGGUGGGUCGAAAUCACGGAGCGACUUGGCUCAGCGCUGAGCAAGAAGCUGUUUGCUGACGGUGUACGCAAGCACGUUGACAAGUUGGGGAAAGAGUACCGAUCGAAGCGCGCAAAGGAGAGAGCCAUGUCAGGUAUGACUUCUGCUACGGAAUUUCCGCUCGCUGGUUGUGUGUAAGCUACACCUAUGUAUACCGCAGGCCAAGAACCACAUAAGUCUAUCGACGAAAACGAGCUGGAGCGUUUGAUGGAGGUUUAUUUUCAGAAGAAGGACGAUGAAACCUUGGUACACAGCAAGCGUACCGAAUCCAAGACC